AUGCAGAUCGAUCCGGCCGCUCUGAGUCGGACUGAGUCUGCAUCGACCGCAAUAACUCCCUCAAAAAAUGCGACCCCUAGCACCUCGACGACUUCGAAGUCUACAAAAGCGCUGAUAUCUGUUCCGCGACUGGAUCUUGAACCUAUCUAUACGGAACUGAAAGCCGCUAUCGGUGACAGCUGGCCCGAGUACAAGGAGGCCACUACUUUCUUCCUUCUAGGACAACUGAACCAGAAUGAACUUUCGUCUCGCGUCGAUCAUAUAAUUUGUGCCGACCAAAAAACCGAACACCUCCAUAAUAAUUUCAUAUGCGCAAUUAUUGGGAACCUCACAAGGGACCUUCCGGAUCAUGGAGUUGCAAGUUGGGUGUCGGCGAACGACAAACCAUCGGUGGUCUCGAAGCCGACCUCAGGGGAUGCAGCGGAGCAGAGGUUAAAGACGGAGGUCAUGCAACUUCCUCCUAGGGAUCGUCGACGAAUAAAAGCAAUUCCCGAGCAUGAUCCCGUUGAAACUACACCUAAUGAGUUAGAGGAAUAUAAUUUGGCGAAACAAAUAAAGUUGCCGAGUCAAGUACCGGCAAGUGCAGGCGGUCUGAAUAAAACAAAUUGGGAACUGGAGAUUCGAAAACGUUAUGCGCAACCUCUGGCGUCAGAGACCGGUGAGUUCCCAGAUGCGGAGUCCAUUCAUGCUCGCAUGAUCCCUAUAUGCUACGAAGAGUCAAUUGUUAGUGGCGCAGGACUACCCUGCGCUGAGUUCAUGGCCAUUGCUACGGAAACUUUUGUGAAGGAAGUUUUAUCUGUCGUAUUCUCACGUACAAGGUCUAACGGACCAUCUGGUACCAUCAAUGGUAUGAUGAUGCGCAAAUACCGUCAGCAGCUUGAACGAGAAGAAUUGGCCUUCACACGCGGGGAGAUCGUGAAAGAUGGUGCAACGGGCUUGCUACCUGUCGAGGCCAAAGAAGCAAGUGUUAGAAAGCCACUUGGGGUCAGAGACCUCCGUUUGGCUUUAGAGCUCGGUGGUGGAGUUCUCAGUCAUAUGCCACUGAUUGUUGAUCAAAUAAUGGGUGGUUAUUUUGAGGAUGAGCUUGAAACAGACAAGCAAGACCGAGCCGAUGAUGUGACGGAGAUUCCCAAGGAUAGUAUGAAGUUGAAUCAUUCGACGGACACAAUGGAGGUUGAUUAUGAUAGGGAGAUUGUAUGGGAAGGUGCCACGAUGGCGGACCGAGAACAGCUGGGGUCUUUACUGGACGAGUGCUUGUCCAUGGCCUUUUGA